GAAGGAAGAAAGAAGGGAGAAAGGGAAGCGACGCACGACUACAAUGAUUGCAAAAACUGGGAACGACAAUCCGAAGGCAGACUAUCUCCGAUCCGAAGCGAGCUAUUGCCCAGACUCCCCCGUCUCCUCUUCUCCGGAAGCCGGGCAGCUAAGCAGGAGGCGGGACACCCAGACCACGAGCGGUAGCAUCAUCCAGGAGAGCGGCAGCAUCCAGCCACUGGUCUACUCAGCCGCGGCCGCCGCCUGCAUCAUGUCAUCGGGGGAGUUCAUGCAGACCGCUCCGCUGCUAGCGCACAAAUCCAAGAGGAGCGUGCUGUACAAGGCGCUCUGCUUCCUCCUUCUCGUCUUCCAGGGGGGCAUUCUGGACUUCUACCUCAUCAUCUUCACCGACUUGUACUGGUGCUCAUGGAUCGCCACGGAUCUGGUGGUGAUCUCGGGCUGGGGGAUUUUCUUCAUGAAGAACGCGCGGAGCAAGAGGGAGCGGGCCUGCGGCUUCCACCAGAAGAGCUCCAUCUUCGGCUGCAACCUCGGGGAGUUUACCUACGCCUACCUGGCCUGGCUCAUAUAUGUUAUCGCCUGCACCCCGAAGGUGGUGCUCAUCCUGGAGACAUCCAUCCUGGACCUGAUUGAGCUCAAGGUCCCGUGUGGAGUGACCGGCUUCAAGAUCAUCAUGCUGCUGUCCGCGCCCCUGCUCUUCUGCCUCAUCAACUCUAUCAUCGAGGAUUUAAACGGGGCGACGGGGCACCACUCCCAGAGCUGCUUCAUGAGCACCUGCUUGGACCUGCUGGACAGCUUCACACUGGUGGAGAUGCUGCUGAGGAGCGAGAUCCCCACCGUGUACCUGAAGUACACCGUCGUCUCUGUGUAUUUUGUGGCCCUGGCUGUGCCGGUGAUCUGGCUUUACGAGCUGACGGCGUCGGAGCUGCGCUGCCGGUGGCUGUGGGCCCGCUUCUCCACCUGCCUGGUGGUCAACGCGCCCCUGCUUGUAGUCAGGUGCUUCCAGGUCUUCGUCUACAGGAUGCCGGUGUCGGUGUUCAUGUUCAAAAACAUCUUCUUCUUGGUCUUUAAGUUCCUGGAGCUGGUGGAGCAGUGUGUGGCGGUGCGGGGGGUCCGGAGGCUGACCGGAAGCAGCAACCCGGCCCAGUUCUCCCACUGCGUGUCCGAGAACGACAUGUGUCCGCACGGAUACGUCAACACCCUGGCAGUCACCCAGUCCUAGAGCCGGGGGCCACGGGCUGAGGGUCUGAGGUGAUGGCGGGAAAGUGGAAAAGUCGUGUUGCGUUCCAGUUACGCUCAGGAAAUGGGAAAAUCCAACUGGAAUCCAAAUUAAAAACCCAACUCCUGCUUCCAGAUUGUGGCUCUGGAUAAAUUAUGACUUGGGGAAAAAAAGACACCACAAACCUACAUGAAAUGAUAUUCAGGAAAUAAUAUGUUAUUAUAUUUCACAUUAAAUUAACAUUGGAAAGAAAAUCUAAAGCUAAUUAUCCAGAUCCAAAUGUAAAGGGUUACUUUACCCAAAUGGCAAAAACACAUAUUUUCUCAGUUACCUCUAGUGAUGACUAUAUAGGUGUAGAGAGGCCAUGGGGCCCAGACCCUAGAUGGUAAUUCAACCUUAUACAAUUGUGGCUAAUAUAAAUAGCUUGGACUACAAAUUGCAUGUACUACUUAAAUUGACGUCUAUCUUCCCACAAACAGUGUCCCUGUGACUAUGGUGAGCACGCUGGAGGAAGUUUUCAUCCGAAUGGCUUUCUAAAAAAUAAAUGGUUCCUAAAAAAACAGUCUGGUGUCCUUUUGAUUUUUCAAAGUAACAGGGGCAUCAUUUGUGGAAAGAGAUGUUGCUUUAGAACUUUUAGAAUUGUGUGAGCACAGACUGAAUCCAACCCAGGGGUGAAGAAAUAAAUCUCAGAGAUAAAUAAAAAUAUUGAAUAAAUAAAAAAAUUCCAGUGAAAAUAUCUGCAGGUUAGAUUCCACUGACAUGGGUUUUUCAAAGUCUGAGACUGUGGGCCUACCCUCAGACAAAGCUUGGAAGAAUAUAUGGCUCAUCUAUAAAAAAAUGGGCCCCAUGACUGGAUAAAAUCACAGGAGCUACCUUAGGGCCCUUGCCAUUAAGUGGUGUAUAUUACCAAACAACACUGUGUAACUCGACCGAGUUACAAAGUAUUUGCGACUGUAAGACCUGAGGCCUUCGGGGCCUGAUAAUCGAGCUACGACUGUGUUAAAACAACAAAUAUAUUGGGAGUAUGAUGGAUAAAACAUCAUGAAAAUAAAAUAAUAUAUAUAAGAUUAUGUUGCUGAGUUGGAAAGAUGUGAGAUAAGGGCAACUCUGAAACCUCGAAGCUAACUAAUCUUUCUGGGGUUUCUACUUGGAAGUAAGACAUUUUACACAACAGGAGAAUGGAUUUUUAAAUUUUUGGACAUGUCUGGAAUGCAUCACCUGAUCCUUACAGCCACAGAUCAGUCUACAGGUGCUACAGUCAAAUGCAACUCCUCCAAUAGCCUACAACAAAUGGAGAACAAACUGUAGUGCAUUGGACCUUGUGUUGAAUUAUGUGUGUUCAGUCUGAACCGAUGUGGUAGUGUGCAGAGGGACACAGACAACAGCUGGAAUUUGAGUCGUGUUGGGACUUAAAGUGCCAUUUGAAGAAUCCUCUGGCUCACCAGGGCUCUGCUAUACCCCCCCCCCCCCCCCCCUCCCCUCCCCUCCCUUUACCCAAUUGUUUUCUAUUGACAACAGUGUUGCAUAUCUCUGCUGGUUCUAAAUGCUGUGUCUGGUACUGAGAGUAGAGUAGACACGUGUGUGUGUGUGUGUGUGUGUGUGUGUGUGUGUGUUUAAGUCAAUACCAUGCAUAAAGAUCCAACAGUGCCAUGACAAACAGCCCUACAAUGGACAUGGCAGAUCAAAGUAUAUGAAGAAGAUGUAUAGUAAAAACAUUGUGCAUUAUAGAUCAGAGGGGUCUGAAUGGAUUUUAGUGCCUAUUAUUUUGGAGCUGAAUUAACUCAAUUUAUUGAGGUGUGCAAUUUGCCAGCUUUGUUUGCUACUAGUGAUCAGUGUUUAGAGGUUCAGAUGUUGUGCCUUGUGAACAGCGUAGCGUAGGACUGCUGAGGGCUCAAGACUGAUGAGAAGGAAAGUCCACCAUAAAGGACAAUACACAGAGUUUUGUCAAGUUUAUGCCCAUUUACUGCAAAUCACACACCUGUUUACAUUAUUGCUACUAUUUUGUGUAAUGUUUUACAUGUCUGCCUACCUCCCAGGAAGCUACUAGUUUCCCAUCAUUUUAAUACAACUUUGAAAUUGAAUUUUAUCCCCACUAAACCACCACAGUGACCAUCAUGUCUUUUGUUUGUCAAAUUAUACUUACGCUUAAUGUCUGUUUAAGUACAGAUUGAUUUGACAAGUCUGCACUGUAUACCAUGUGGCCAAUAGUAUGUGUACUGCCCACAUACUUUUGGUCUGGUUUUCCUGGUUUGUUCUUGGUACUUAACUAAGCUCAACGUUCAUAUGACGUUCAAGGUGGAAGAUGACCUAUGAAGUAACUUUCAGGUCUCUGCAGGUGAUUUUUAUGCUGCAUUGAAAUUAACUGAUCCCAGUGACUCCCUGGAGAAAAGCAACUGCAAAACAUGCUGUUUGCUUAGAAAAUGGCCAGAAUCACUGGCAUCCAAUUUAUGGGCACAAGACUUGCAGGUAACAAGGGUCAAACAUGCAAAGUGAGACUUGCUGGGCAAACUCUGCUCUAAUGGUUAAUGGCUGCUGACGAACACAAUGUCAGAACCAACAAGGAGAAAAAGCUCAGUAUAAAUCAAGUUUAAAUAGGUUUUCCACCCAUACGCAAACUACUUGAAUGUGAAAGCUCCAUACUUAUAUAACAUGUUAAUGACAACAAUAUGGCAAAGACUAUCUGCUGAUCUAGACCAUGAGAUGUGGUUGAAAGUGAUGUUGAGAUUAUUUGUGUCAAAAUACUAUUCACAAUCUCCAGAACAAAUUGUCACUCUCAAUAAUGCAAUAAAAAAGUUGAAUGAAUAGAUAUUUGUUGGAUAUUCCCGUUGCAGACACCAGGCUGCUCUUAUGAAGUUGACCCUGAAGAGUGACCUCUCUGUGGAGUCCUGCUGUACACAAAAUACAUCACUGCUUCAGUGCUUCUCCUGGCUUUGUUUCUCAUGUUGCACUGAGAGCAGCAUUUUAAAUGCUUAUCAUAUAUUGCCAAAGUAUUUAAAAUGUUAUAUUUUAUACUAUUUUGUAUUAUUUCCGCAUGCCAGUAAUCUGCUAAAUCGUUGCAUAUGUAAGAUACAUAUAGGAGGUACCUACACUGUUGAAAAGGCUCUAACAAUGUGUAUUUGGAUUUGCACAAGAAGCUUACCACACAGUCAACUCAAAAGCUGGGGCAUUUCUUGACAUUGAAUUUAAACUGAAGUGUAGUAGGCCUUUAACCUGCAUGAACAAGCACAGUGACACUGAAACUACCAAAGGCUUUCAUGGACAUGAAUAUUCAAAAGGAGCCAAUCAUGCAACACAGAUUCAAAUGUUUAGCCUACGUGCAAAGAAAAACACAAUGUGUGCAAUCUGAACACUUGUCUUUCAUUAUACAGGCUUUCUUUUUCUUCAAACUUGUUUACAGGGAAAGAACAUUGCUGUUGUUUACAGAUCGGAUUUCACCUGUGCUGUAAAGUCGUGUGGUACUGAUAUAAUCCAAUCUAUGUACUGUAGAUGUAAAACCGAUUAUGUGGUUAAAACCUGAAAUAAAUCUGAGGAAACUACUGUACAAAGUUUUAAAAGUCAUUUAAUAUUUUUGGGGGAUUUCUUUAUAACAGAGGAAAAUCACUG